CGUGAAAGCUGACGAAUGAAUCGAGAAACAACUAAUUGCGGACUUUGUAUUUAGUAUCAGUCGGUAUUCGAGUGAUACCCGAGCAUCAAGACUACAAGUUCAGCAAAAACAAUGAUAAUGAACGACAGAUUUUGCUCAAGCUGUGUCAUUGAACCUUGAUAGAAACUGCCAAUACAAGCUACAAAUCCAUUGUUCCAGCUGUAACAAACCGCUACCAACAUCUAAUUGAGGAUAAUACUGUCGUUGAAUACACCUCCCACAAACCAUCAAGCGUAACCUACAGGCUGACAGGAAUAGAAACAAAUUAAACAAAUAGAAGGUAGAAACAAGUAUAAGCAACUUUUCUGCUUCAUAAUGUUCUGUGAAAAAGAAUCCCAUGUCCCCAAUUCCAUGAGAAGAGAUACAGAGAAAACAGAUGAAUGUGAAAAUUUAAUCAGGUAUAUAACACAGAAACAAAUAGAGCAUUCCAUUCAGGCAAGGAGAACCAGAUAUUUAGAUGCUCUAUCAAAAACUAAAAUAUGCAGUUCAUAUGAAGUAUCUUGUCAGAAAAUUCUUAAAAUGGGUGAAAUAAACAACAAACAGGAAUGCAAUGGACUACGGAAGUCUUCCAUGAAAAAUAAUUUCAUUUCUCUCACUGACCAAAUGAAACUCCGUAUGUCUUCAAAUGAUCCCUGGUUCUCUUUGGAAUUCUUUCCACCAAAAACUACCAAUGGAGCCAGAGAUUUGUUUGACAUAAUGGAAUGUUUUGCUGAAAGUCAGCCACUAUUCUGUGAUAUGACCUGGCAUUUGAAAAAUGACCCUCAGAAUUUAGAGAAACCAACUAGUUCCCUCUGCAUGGCAAGCACAAUGUUGAAUUAUUUCAAUUUACCAACCAUGUUACAUAUUACAAGCGGCAGCCAGUCUGUUUCAGAGAUCAAGAACAUUUUGAAUAAAGCAAAAGAUCAAGGGAUACGAAAUAUUUUAGCCUUAAGAGGAGAUAAAUUUCCAGGCCAUGUGGCUAGCACUGUGGAUGAACUACCUUAUGCUGUAGACUUGGUCAGAUUGAUACGAAAAGAACAUGGAGAUCAUUUUGUGAUUGUUGUUGCUGGUUACCCCUCAGGUCACCCAGAAUGUGCUUCUUACGAAGAGGACUUAAAACAUCUGAAAGAGAAGGUUGAUGCUGGUGCGGAUUUUAUUAUAACACAACUAUUUUUUGAAAUGGACACUUUUGAAAAAUAUGUCAAGGAUUGUAGAGAAAUUGGCAUCACCUGUCCAAUACUACCAGGAAUUCUUCCUAUUCAGAGUUACCUGUCUCUUCGCCAUGUCAGUAAGCUGACUCAGCUUUCAGUGCCUGAAGAAAUUCUUAACAGCAUAACACCAAUUAAAGACAAUGACGAAGCUGUUCGCAACUUUGGUGUGCAUCAUGCAGUUGAAUUAGGAAAGAAACUUUUGAACAGUGGUUUGACAAAAGGAAUGCACUUUUACACUCUCAACCAAAGGUUUGCCACAACUGCAAUUUUAAAACAGCUUGGUCUUCUAAAUGAGGAAAUCAGCAAGCCUUUACCAUGGAAGCCUUCUGUAAACUAUGUAAGGCUUGAAGAAGAAGUCCGCCCAAUCUUUUGGAAAGGUCGUCGUAAGAGCUACAUUUGUCGAACAGCAGACUGGAAUAAAUUCCCAAAUGGUAGAUGGGGCAAUUCUUCACAUGCUAGUUUUGGAAAUUUGACUGACUACUAUAUGUUUUAUCUAAAUUAUUCUAGUAAUGAGGAGCAAUUAAAAUCAUUAGGAUUUCAGCUAGAAACAGAGCAAGAUGUGUGGAAUGUAUUUUACUGUUUCAUCAAAGGACAUGAAAACCAAAAUGGAGUAAAGGUAACACACAUACCUUGGAGUGAUGAUGCCUUGUCUCCAGAAACUUCUUUAAUAGCAGACCAGUUGGCAUAUCUGAACAAAAAUGGUGUUUUGACCAUAAAUUCUCAGCCAGCUAUAAAUGGGUUUAGUUCAACCCAUCCAAUAUUUGGUUGGGGAAACCCCGAUGGAUAUGUCUAUCAAAAGGCUUACCUUGAGUUUUUCACUUCAAAAGAAAAUGUUGAAGUUUUGAAGAAACUCUUAGUUAACUAUCCUCAGGUCAAUUAUCAUAUUGGGAACAGUCAGGGUGAUAUGGAUUAUACCAACUGUGAUGAAACUCAACCAAUAGCUGUUACAUGGGGAGUAUUUCCAGGAAUGGAAAUAAUCCAGCCCACUGUUGUUGAUCCUAUUGCUUUCAAAAUUUGGAAAGAAGAAGCAUUCAGUUUAUGGAAAACGAACUGGCGUGAUUUGUAUGACCCCAAUUCAAAGUCACAUAAACUGAUAGACUAUUUCUAUGAGAACUACCAACUUGUUAAUUUAGUAGAUAAUAAUUUUGUUCAGACUACAUGUCUUUGGGAGAUUACAACUAAAAUGCUAUCAGGAGAAACAAACUGAAGAAUAAAAUAUCAACAUUUACAUCAACUAAAUGACCAAAAGUUUUGCUUUAAAUAACAAUAAUUUGAGUAAAAACAAAAAAUCUGAUCCGUUUUGAAUGGUUUGGUAAUAUACAUACACAUUAACACACACAGCUAAAAGUUAACAAACCCCUCUAUAUCUAACCUAUGAAAAGAAUAAAAAUUUCCACACUAAAGAAAAAUUUAUACACUAGUGUGUGGUGUUGAAAUGUCUCAAGUGCUCAGACCAUUCCACAUACUUGAAGUGAUUAAGACAUGGAACAGUGCCCAGGAAAUGGUACAUAAAACAGCAAAGACUAACAACCACAAAUGUUAUUGGAUAAAUGGCUACAGGAAACUUGUAUUACAACUUCUUGAAAAGUUAUUGAUUUACUUCUGUGUACCUUAGUGUCUCCUUUCUUUAAGUUUUCUAUUGUUUUCUUUGACGGAGAAGAUAAAGUACUCACUAGAAGAAUUAGUUAACAAACUAUACGACUGUAUUUAAUAUACACUAACAAAUCAAAGAGUUUAAAUGUCAACACUGGAUUAAGUGAAUAGUUACCAUUUCCUAUGAAACCUUUAAACAUUUAUCCAAAUAAUUUUCAAUAAAGAACAAAAUAUUUGAUAAUUUAAA